CUUAAACAAGGUGAAACCUUCCCAAAUCUCAGCUUAUGCAUUUAUACUGAUUCACUUACAGAAUGGACCUGGUGAAACAUACAGGUGGCUGCCACUGCGGGGCUGUGAGGUUUGAAGUCUGGAGCUCUCCAGACCUCCAUGUUUUUCAUUGCAAUUGCAGCAUUUGCACAAAGAAACAAAACCAUCAUUUCAUUGUUCCAAAAAGCCGCUUCACACUCUUACAGGGUUUGGAUAAUCUGACCACGUACACGUUUAACACUCAUGUUGCUAAACACACCUUCUGUAAAACCUGCGGAGUUCAAAGUUUCUACACCCCAUGCUCCAACCCUGACGGAUAUGGUGUUGCUCCGCACUGUCUGGAUCCAGGUACUGUGCAGAGUGUCACAGUGGAAAAGUUUUGCGGAGAGAAAUGGGAAGAAAGUAUGCAAGCUCACAAAAGCAUCAGAGACAUGUCAAAACCGAAAGCAGACUUUGAGGAAAAAUAACAGUGCUGUUAUAUAAGAAACUUAUUUUCUUUAA